AUGGAAGAAAAUACACUGGCAUUCCUUCCUCUGCAGCCUGGAGGCACAGCAACUGCUGAAGCGCUGCCGGUUCCCACAAUUAUCCUAACCUACAUGCCUGGGGCAUCUCUUCCAGCUUUCACUGUCCUCUCCUCUCCGGGAGGUUCGAUUAUCUCGGCCCCUGGGAUGGGUGAAAGACCGAAUAAGCUGCCCGAGUUCGCGAUUAUCAUCAUCAUCGUUGCAGGAACGAUCUUUCUCGUAUCGCUUUGUACCUUCGUCUGGAUGCUUUAUCGUCGCAGGGUUCGAUCGCGAGGACAACGAAUCCCAGAACAGACGCCUCGACGCGAAGACGGACGUGGAAAUGCCAAUGAGGAUUUGGGGAUGAAUCCUGGCCCGCCGCCAGAAUUUCCUAUACAGAUAACGACGGACGGGACAACUCCAAUCACCCACAAUUACUUGCAGGAAAGUCGACAGGAAAGCUUGCAAAGCGUUUAUGCGAGAAACCUCCUUCUCCACUACAUAGGAAGGAGAAGGACCAUUAACAAUCAAGCGCAAGCUCGUUCCGGCCCAACAGGCUCCAGUGAGUCGUCUUUCUCAGGGCAGCCUGCCAAUAUUCCACGUCCUCAACCGGCCCGAACGUCACGCAGAUACGACUCUGUGAUUUCGUCGAUUCUCAACCGGUAUGCACGGACUUCCAUGAGACGGUCUCAGAUGUCUACUAUAGACGAAGUCGAGCUCUCUGAUUUCGGUCGCCGAAGAGAAUAUUCUACCUCGCUGGAGGAUGAUAGGGCAUCUGGGCAUAGCCGCCAGGUUCUGAUUCCACGGCUGGGAUCCGAUAGAGGAUUUGCGACAGUGACAUCUGACACACACAGCACUGGAGUCAGUACGGACAGUGCACCGGUUCCUCACUGGCAUGACCGGCGAAAUUCAGUGAUCUCAGAUAUCAGUUCGCAUGAUCCGAACUAUAUUCUGAAGCCGAAAGUCUAUGAAUAUGAGGCGACGACGAGCAAGUCGCUCGAUCUUUACGAGCAUCAGGACUUGCCGGAUUUCAAGCAUAGAACUGAUGAGAAUUUGUCCUCCGAACACUACCCCUAUCCCAGUCGACAGCCAUGCAGGAACGAAGGACAGGAUGAUGCAGCUGCUACAGAUACACAGGUUGAGAACACCCGACGCGAGGUGAGCAGUGUUCACCAAGACAAUGGUAGCACGUCUAGGGAUGAGCCACGCGGUCGUGGAGUUAGAGCAGGAGUCGGGUUUUCGGAGGACAUGGAGGCUGGUUUGAGGCCACAACCUCUGACUCUCCGCGAACCGAGUUCGCAGCAGUUGCCCAGCCUGCGCUCUGAACGAAGCUCAGAGACGCCAUAUUCCCUGACUCGCUCCGUGGGACGGUACUGGGAUCAGAGUUCGUCAUCAAGAAACCCCGAAGGGGCUUCGACGACAACGGUCCAGACGCACUACCAGGCGCGCACCCACGCGCAUCCAUCGAGCAGCCUGACGGACCUCAGCGCUGACGAACAGGCCAGGCACAUAGCUAGACAGGCGAGCAGGGAGUAUUUCGUGAGGGAAAUGCAGCGAUUGAGAGAGGAGGACUCUCAGCGUCGCGCUCCGGCCACAACUCGUCCUGACGACAGCAAUCAGGAAGUUGACAUUGAUCUCCCGAUCCAGAAUUUCGAAGAAGAUGAAGAGUCUCUCGUUGAUCCAGCCCUCGCUAUUCCGAGAACCACCGCGCAGUCAGGUGCUGGUAACGACAGCAAUGAUCCCCGUGGCGAUAAUAAUAACCAUGGCAAUGAUAAUACUGAAGUGAGGAUCAACUCGCGAAGGGGCAGACACACCAUGGCACCGUACCAUCCCGGUCAAAGCCAGCAUGCUCGCCACGGCGACAGCAACAGCAACCUAUUCGUCGACGACCGCAUCCCCAAUCGCUUCCAGUCCGCCGUAUCACGAGACAUCGAGUCGAUGAUCCUAGAAGAAGGGGUGAGCAUCUUCAGUCCAAGCAUCUACUCGCGCUUCGAGGCCGAGACGGGGACGCUGGCGACGCGUGACGAGGGGAAUGAUGGGCCGAGGAGGGGAAUUUUGACCCUGGAGGAUUUCCGUCGUUGUGUUCGGGCGGCGAGGGCGGAGCAGGGGGGAGAUGUGGAUGAAGAGGAAGAAGAGGAGGAGGAGGAGGAGGAGGAGGAGGAGGAAGGAAGAAAAUGA